AUGCCCAAACACAGCCGCAGCGCCAGCGGGCACCCCUCGCAUUACGCCCAGAUGGCCUCAUCGGGCCUCCCCUCGCCUCUCUACGGCCAACAACGCGUCCCCAUCCCCGCGAGCUACUACACCAUCCCCGGGGCACCACCGCCCUCGUCAUCGUCAUCCAUGUCACAGCAGCAGCUCGCCUCCCAGCAGCAGCAGCCGCAAUCCCAAGCCUCAUACGACGCCGCCAUCGCCGCCGCCGCCGUCGCCGCAUCCUCCUACGCCACCACCGCCGAUCCAUCUACCGCCGCCGGCACCACCACCACCACCACCAUCACGGCCAUCCCGCCGGGCCAGCACCGCCCCAGCUCCGGCGCGUGGUCCCCGCAGGACGACAACCAGCUCGUGGCGGCGCGCAUGCAGGGGCUCAACUGGGGCCAGAUCAAGGACACGCACUUCCCGGCCAAGACGGCCAACGCGUGCCGCAAGCGCCACGAGCGCCUCAUGGAGCGCAAGGGCGCCGACGACUGGGACGGCCGCAAGCUGCAGCGCCUGGCCAAGGAGUACAUGGGGAUGCGCCGCGAGAUCUGGAGCGGGCUGGCGGCGCGCACCGGCGAGAAGUGGAACGUGGUAGAGCAAAAGUGCAUGUCCAACGGCCUCAAGAACCUCCAGAGCGCUGCCCGCGCCGCCUCGCGCCGCGACCGCCUCGAGACGGGCGGCGGCGGUGGCUCCGCGCACUCAGUCACAGGGUAUGACGACGACAGCGGCAUUUCCGGCAUCGGCCUGACCCCCGUUGAUGAACUAGACGCCCCCUACGGCAGCCCUGACGCGACGACCGCCACCAGCUCCUCGUCGGCCUCGUCGUACGGCGGCCUGACGCCUUCGCACUAUCUCCAGCAUGCGCACGCACACGCCGCUCAGCAACAGCAACAGCAACAUCAUCAACAACAACAACAACAACAUGCGCACCAUCACCAGCAUCAUCACCAGCAUCACCAGCACCACCACCAGCACAGACACGCGCAGCACGCGCACCAGCAGUAUCAGCAGCACCUCCAGCCCUCCUCGUACGGCGCCGGCGUCUCUGUCUCGACGUAUGCGCCCGCCGCCUACGGGCACGGGUACUCGUCGAGCGUGUCGUCGACGGCGAGCCGCGCGCCGCGCUACGGCACCAGCGAGGGGAGCAGCCCCUACAUGGACGCCGAGCGGCUGUCGGGCGACAUGGGCAUCGGAGCCGUCAUGAACCACCGGUCGGGCGGCCGGGGAUAGUACGCUGCGUCUCCUAUCCUCCACAUGCAAUAUUCACAUAAAUUCCCUCCCCCUACGCUCCUCCUUGCUUAUCAUCGAUCUCGAACGAAAGCUCUCAUGGGCCCGAAAAUCCCUUACCUUCAUUUUUUUCCCCCUCCUCUCAUCAAAUCUGUCACGGACGACAUACCCGCCCCGUUUACUUUCAGACGGGCCGUCGUCACUCCUUUGUUGUUGUUGUUGUUGCUGUUGUUGUAGCGGCAUGGGACAGGACUAGAGCGAGAAAAAUGUCUGGUCCCCGGCGUUUGUUUGGCAGGAGUUUGCAGGGCGUUUGUUUAGUGUUGUUCAUUCGUGAUGCGUACGUACGCGCGGCUUGCUUGGUUUGGAGCACGGGGCGGAGCAGCGGAGCACACGACCCAAAUAGCCAUGACCUGAUGUCCUAGUUCUUUCUUCCUUUGCCUUUUACUUUUUCUUCUUAUGCGUUUGCCGUUUACCAUCGAAUGUCGUCGCGUUUCUGGAACGGAACGGAACGGAUCGGUCUGGUCGCAUGAUAAUGGUAUACUACGUGGGGGUCCGCGGCCAAAUGUCAUGUCAUGUCAUGGGGGGUCCGUCCAGCAGCGCCGGUUGCUUGUUUGUUUGUUUGUUGUGCUUUUUGUAUGAUACAGGAUAGACGAGGCGGGG